UGUCGUUCGUUCCUCACCAUACAUGUACAUGAAUGCAAUGAACCGCAGUGUAAGAAAGUGAUACAGCUGUUGAUCAGCUGUUUACGAGUAACCACGAGUGAAUUAAUCGGGAAAAUAUCAGUCGAGCGGAAUGAACAAAGAAGUGGUUUUCUGGUUCUGAGCUACUGAUGACGUUGCGUUCUGACGUCAUCAUUCCGUUCAAAUGACGCUGGGAGGCGGCGGGAAGCCGAGGGAUGGGAAGCGGACGAAGAACGGUGUGGACUCUAAACAGGAUGGUGGCCGCAGUAAAUCAGGGCAGAAAGAGGAACUGGUGAAACCACCGGACGGAGGUUGGGGGUGGAUGGUGGUUCUAUCCUCGUUCCUAAUACACGUGAUCGCCGAUGGGAUUGUGUACUCAUUCGGCAUCUUCUACAUCGAGUUCUUGGACUAUUUCAAGGCCGGAAAGGGAGAGACCGCAUGGGUGGGGUCCCUGGUGCCGGGGGUCACGCUUUGUGUUGGUCCCAUAGCCAGUAUUUUGACCAACCGGUAUGGAUGCCGAGUCACAACUAUUGCCGGUGCGAUAAUCGCCGCCCUCGGGUUCGUGCUCAGCCUGGCGGCACCAAACCUAUACUUCCUGUACUUCAGUUUCGGGAUACUUUCCGGAUUAGGAUUUGGUCUGAUCUACCUGCCAGCCAUUGUCAGCGUCGGAUACUACUUUGAGGAUCGCCGGGCAUUAGCCACGGGAUUGGCCGUCAGCGGUAGUGGCCUUGGCGCCUUCAUCUUCAACCCAUUUUCCAAAUAUCUCAUCGACGAGUUCGGGUGGCGGGGUGCUAUCCUUAUCGAGGCGGGUCUCAUUUUAAACUGUGUUCUGUGCGGCGCUUUGUUUAGACCUUUGGUUAACAGUAAAAAGGCAAAACAUUCCGAAGAUAAAGAUAUCGAACAAAAUGCUGUCAAGUUAAAAGAAAUCGAGCCACUCAUGCUCAAGGACUCGGAAUUGCUCAAGAAGAACCUGGAUAUGGAGUUGGUGGUGGGCGAUGGCGACCACAGCGCAUCUCAGCCCUCCUCUCCAACCCAUAUCGUCCCUCCGUUGAAUUUCCGCGAGGGACCGAAGCGCGAAGCUGGCCUUUUCAGCAGCGAAGGGUCGCUUUACCGACCGUCUCACAAACCGGUCAAUCCAUCGCCUUUACUUCUGGACGCCUCCGAAAACCGACAACCACCGGUGAUGCAACGCCUUCUGUCGGAAACCACACAUCGUCAUAGAACAACAUCGCAACAUUCGCAACAUCUGUCACUUGGCGGUAGUCUAUACCAGAGCGGAAGUCUCAUGAACAUUAACAUUCAGCGGUCGCACCCGGCUCUGUACAUCGCGUCUAUGGGCAGCAUUCCAGGUGCGGGGACCGACAUUAAGAAACGCCUAUGCUGCUGCAUGAUUCCCGCAGACCUCUACUACUCAUUGAAACAGAUGUGUGAUCUCAGUCUGCUUAAAGAUGUCAUUUUCCUCAUGUUUGUCAUUUCAAACUUUUUCACAUCCAUCGGCUUCAACAUGCCAUUCAUUUUCCUCACCGACCGUGCGGAGGACGAAGGCAUCGACCCUGAUGAUGCCAAGUGGCUCGUUUCCGCCAUCGGUAUUUCGAACACCGUGGGCCGAGUGCUCUUUGGUUACCUGGCCGACCGUCCCUGCGUUAACCGGUUGGCCCUGUACAACACGGCUCUGACAAUCUGCGGGGUAGCUACCGCCCUGUGUCCCCUGUGCUACAACUACACUCUGCUCAUGAUCUACGCAUGCGUGUUCGGGUUAUUUAUCGGAGUGUACGUGUCGCUUACUUCUGUUGUCCUGGUUGACCUUCUUGGAAUCGAGAUGCUGACCAACUCAUUCGGACUGCUUCUGAUGUUUCAAGGGAUUUCCACUCUGAUCGGUCCGCCUAUUGCAGGUUGGCUGUACGACGGAACCGGAAGUUACGACAUCUCGUUCAUAGCGGCCGGUAUUGUCGUGGCACUGAGCGGUGUCAUGCUAUUUUUCAUCCCGCUCGUAAGGCGCUGUUUACACUUGCCUGACAGACGACCGAAAGAGGUUGAGGAGGAAAUGGUGGAGGAGGAAAUGACCGCCGUGCAGGGCGUGGUGGCGUAGACACCUAACCAUAGCGACAUGUGAUAAUACAGAUCUCGCUGCCUUAUUUUAUGGAUUGCAUGCAAACGGUCAAGCAAUAAAUGCGAAUGGUUACGUUUUAAUUUGAUCGUGUGGUUCGUACUUUAAAAGUAACAUAUGCAUACGAUAUUAGAAAAACGGUGUAUUUGAGACGUAGUCGAAAGCAUACUUGUUGAGAAAUUGGCUUGAAACACAUGUACUGUGUGAAGUAUACAAUAAGGUUUGUUAUCGAGCAUAAUCUUACUACACAAUGGGUUGGUUGUAUUUACAUACACGUUUCUAUGACCACCUUAACAUGCACAAUUUGCUCUGUCAGUCAGACAUUUACUUGCUUUUUGUACAUACAACGUGUAUUGGUUACUGGUUCGGCAGAUUAUAACAUAAACCAAAGAG